UUCCAGAAAAAACUUGUCAAGAUGAUGGGCCCUGGAUCUGCACCGAUUCUAGUUCUCAAUCAAAAUACAAAAAGAGAAUUCGGCCGUAAAGUCCAACUCAGUAAUGUCACUGCUGCUAAGACUAUUGCAGAUGUAAUUAGAACAUGCCUGGGGCCAAGGUCAAUGAUGAAGAUGUUGAUGGACCCAAUGGGUGGUAUUGUAAUGACGAAUGAUGGCAAUGCAAUCCUGAGAGAAAUCACCGUUCAGCACCCAGCUGCUAAGUCCAUGAUUGAAAUUAGUAGAACACAAGAUGAGGAAGUUGGCGAUGGUACAACUUCUGUUAUCAUCUUGGCUGGUGAGUUUAUGGCAGUUUCACAACAAUUUCUGGAACAACAGAUGCAUCCUACUGUGAUUAUAUCUGCUUAUAAACAAGCUUUAGAAGACAUGAUAGACAUGACUAGGGAUAAGAUAAGUCAAGCCAUUGAUAUUACGAAUACCGAUGAAAUGAAGAAAAUAAUACACAGUUCUAUAGGAACUAAAUUUAUCAAUAAGUGGGCUGAUCUAGCUGUACAAAUUGCUUUAGAUGCUACACACACCGUUGCUUUAGAGGAAAAUGGCCGUCGUGAGAUUGAUAUUAAAAGAUACGCUAAAGUAGAAAAGGUUCCUGGUGGUACAAUCGAGGAUAGCAAAGUCUUGAAAGGUGUUAUGAUCAACAAGGAUGUGACUCAUCCACGUAUGAAAAGAAAAAUUCUAAAUCCUAAAAUUAUGUUAUUAGAUUGUUCCUUGGAGUACAAGAAAGGAGAAAGUCAGACUAAUCUAGAAAUCACCAAGGAUACGGAUUUCUCACGGAUUUUACAAUUAGAAGAAGAAUACAUUCAGAAAAUUUGUGAAGAUAUUAUUCGAUUUAAACCUGAUGUAUUAUUCACUGAGAAGGGUAUUUCUGAUUUAGCUCAGCAUUAUCUUGUUAAAGCUAAUAUCACAGCGGUUCGUAGAGUCCGGAAAUCUGAUAACAACCGAAUAGCAAGGGCAUGUGGUGCCACCGUUGUGAAUCGCACUGAUGAGUUGAGAGAAGAAGAUAUCGGUACUGGGGCUGGUCUUUUUGAAAUACAAAAGUUUGGAGACGAGUAUUUUUGUUUUGUCACUGAAUGUAAGGAUCCCAAGGCGUGUACAAUCUUACUACGAGGUGCCAGUAAAGAUAUUCUCAAUGAAUUGGAACGUAACCUUCAAGACGCUAUGAAUGUUGCUCGUAAUGUUAUGGUAGAUUCACGACUUGUACCAGGAGGCGGGGCAACCGAAAUGGCUUUGGCUCAUCUAUUGAAUGAGAAAGCCAAGACCAUCACCGGUGUUGAACAGUGGCCAUAUAAGGCUAUUAGCAGAGCUCUGGAAGUAAUUCCAAGAACCUUAAUUCAGAAUUGUGGUGGUAACACCAUACGUACAUUGACAGCUUUGAGGGCAAAACACACUGAUACUGACAAUAUAACUUGGGGUGUUGAUGGUGAGAAAGGUACUCUGGUUGAUAUGAAGGAUUUUGGAGUCUGGGAACCCUUCUCUGUCAAGGUGCAAACAUACAAAACAGCCAUGGAGACUGCCAUGUUACUGCUACGUAUUGAUGAUAUUGUCUCUGGUACCAAGAAAGCCACAGGUAGAGAAGGAGCCGGGAGUGCUGCACCGACAACUGCAUAGUGGUUUAAGCUCAACAUUUCCAUACUCCAAACAGCUGAUGCUAAAUUUUGUACAUUACUCUUGUCAAUUAUUUCUCCUCUGUGUAUCUAUGUGUUGUACUACUUGGUUGUCAUAUCUAUACAUGGUCUACUCUUUGCAUGUCUUUACUGUAUUACUGUCAAUUGAAUAGAGCAUGGGGAUACUGCAGAAAUCAUACAGCUUUGGUGGAAUUUUUCAUUGUCUGUGUAUUAAAAUGUCUAAAGAAACAUCAAACCAUCCUGUCUAUAACUGUAUUACAUUAUUUCAUUGUACGACAGGGAUGAUUGAAAGGGCGGGACAAAAUUGAAAAUUCAUCUUUUGUUUUUCUCAGAUGAGACCCCGUAGUUACACCAGUUAGAUUCAAUGUCAUUAUCCACAUCUAAUAUUUUGCAUGAAAUGUCAAAUUUCAUGGUGUUGUACGUUUCAAGUGUAAUUAACCAGUGACUGUAAUCGACAACAUCCUUUAUUUCACAGAACUCAUCUUUUGACAACUGUUUUGUAAAAAUUAGCAAUGUGUGACAAUUUAAAUAUAAUUUAAUAACUUUGUAUCCUUUUAUUUUGUACGUAUUGGAAUAAAUGUCAUACUUUGGCGCACAGA